AGUGAGAGCAAGGAGGAAAGAGAUAGAAAGUAAAAACGAGAUAGAGCGAGAGAGAGAAUUCAGGAAAUUUAGUUUUUGUUAAAUAUAAUGAUUAUAAACUAUAGUUUAGUUAAGUAGUCUUAAAGCCAUUUGUAACAGACAAGCCUUUGAUUAUUGUACAAUGAACAAUUCUACACAACCAGCCACCACAUGUGGUGCCCCGUCCAGGCGCAUCAUAAACAAGAUACCCUUGGAUUUCAACAAGUUACGCUGUGCUGGACUAGAUAGAAUCCUUGCUGAGGAGCUAAGUAAACAAAAUACAAAGGGAAAAACAUUAAAUAAUAUAGCAGCCAGCACCACAAAAGGAGAUCAAGAAUUAUACUUGCCCAAAAGUUCAACUACAUCAACGCAAGACCAGCAGCAGCAGCAACAAAUGAUACGUUUAAAAGACUCAGAUGAUCAAACAAUAAGAAUUCAAGAAUAUUGUCGCAUUUGCACGGAUAAUUCUAAAGAAUUAAUGAAUAUAAUGUCCGAGCCCGAUCAGGAUCAAGAACUUAGUCUAUUGGAGAUGUUAAAUGAUGUGAUGGAUGAGGCUUACAGAAUAGAAAGAGACGGAGAGGAUUCAAUGCCCCAACACAUAUGCAGCAAUUGUGCCGCCGCCACAAGGAAUGCCUACGCUCUGAGACGCAAAUACGAGGAAAGUUAUCGAUAUUUUCGACAACAACUAACCAAAAUGAGACAAAUCCCUGAAACUGGAGCCGCUGCUAAGCGUACAGAAGGUGAAUUUAUAAUAAAUAUAAAAGAAGAGCCUCCCUCAGAGCCCGACUAUAUAAUAUCCGAUGAGGGGGAAACUUAUGAGGGCGAUGUGUCCAUAAAACAAGAGCAGCAGCAUCAGACUGACCAAACAAUUAUCAAAGAAUUAUCCCAUCUGGAAAUGGCUUCUACAACAAAAGGAUUUAAUAUCCGCUUGCUGCUCAUACGCAAGCGAGAGCAAUUGGAGAGCCAAGAAGACCUCUAUGAAGUGGACAGGACUAAUAAGGGUCCGUUGCAGUGCGGUUUGUGUUUGUCCCGCUGCGGCUUAACAAACUGGCAUACGCAUCUCGGAGAGCAUUAUGGCGUCGGUUGGCUUCAUGGGCAAAAACCGCCGUCAUUAACACGUGGCGGAAUAAUUGCUCAAAUGUCUAGUUACCUCAAGGAAGACAGGGAUAAUCGUCUAACUUGUCGCCUGUGCCAUCGUCAAUUUGGUUCCGGUCUGGGCAUGAUGCAACAUUUGGAAGGAUGUGGCGAGGAAUUUCAACGCUUUCCGUGCACACAUUGUGGACGUGUUUAUACAAAACUCUCGCUAAUAGCCCAUCAAAGGGGCUGCAUGAAAAAAUUAUUGACUCAGACGCCUGACAAAGAAAGACUAUCCAAACGUAAACCCAAGGUUACAUCUAAAAUAACUUGGCUAAUGGACGAUAGUAGUAUAAAGCGUAAAGGUAUUGACCGAAGUCCAUUCAAUUUACGUCUUUUGCUUAUACGAAAACGCGAACAAUUAACUACCACAGAAGAUCUGCGUGAAGAGGAUCAUGGUACGGGUGCACUUCAAUGUGGCUUAUGUUUGGCUCGUUGUGGAAAAUCCACCUGGAAGAUGCACAUAGCCGAACAUUAUGGUGUGGGUUGGUUAAAGAAAGACGACAAGCCGCACACGAUAACCCGCAGUGGAGUAAUCUGCAUGAUGCAAACCUAUCUGAAAGAGAAUCAAGGCUCGCGGCUAAUUUGUCGUCUCUGUGGUCGUGAAUUUGCUUCCGGUCUGGGAAUGCUCUUACAUUUGGAAGGUUGCGGCGAGGAAGCGAAACGUUUCAAGUGCAAAUACUGCAGUCGUUCCUACACAAGACUAUCGCUAAUAACACAUCUUCGUAGCUGCGGUCAUCGGUAUCAAAUUUCGUCAUCAUCAGCCAACGUCGAAUUGAAAACAGAAAGAAAAAUUCGUACAAAAUCUAAUUUGGAUCAGUCCCAGAUAAAGAAAUCUUCCACCAAAGCACCGUUCAAUUUGAGGCUUUUGCUCAUACGUAAGCGCGAGGAUUUAGAUAGCCAAGUGGUUGUACAGCAACAGGACCAAAAGGAUGGUCAACUACAAUGUGGCUUAUGCUCGGAACGCAUCAUCAAAGGAGAUUGGCGUGAUCAUUUGAGCACACAUUAUGGCGUGGGCUGGCCAAGUGGACAAGAACCGCGUAAUCUCACACGACACUCUAUAAUCGGUCAGAUGAACUCGUAUCUAAAGAAGAAUCCAGGCAAACGUCUUACCUGUCGCCUUUGCAAUCGCCAGCUCUCAUCCGGUUUGGGUAUGCUGCUGCAUUUAGAGGGUUGUGGUAUGAAAAAAUGUCGCAUGAAAUGCAAAUACUGUGCCGGAUCCUUCACAAGGCUCACUAUGCUCCAACACAUACGAAUAUGUGAGAGGCAAUACGAAAAGGAACUUCAAUUAGACAUGGAAGAACAGACAGACAUUGACGAUUCAGGUGUCGAGGGCGAGGGCGAGGGCAGCGUUGAGCUAUCAAAAUUCAAGUGGAAGCGAACCAAAUCCAUACACAAUUCCACAAAAUGGACAAAAUCGUUAUACACACGUUAUCAGCUGCUGAACGAUAAAGUGGUCAGCAAAUGGACACAAUUCACUCAAGCAAAUUAUGCCAAAGAACCAUUGUAUGCAGACUGCUUGCCAAGCUAUGUGAAACUAUCAUGGACCGAGGCCUAUGAACUGCUCAACUCCUCCAGACAAACGAAAUCCAUGCGUUUUGCCUAUGAUAAGGUCAGAGAUGAAUGCGAUUGGCGGGAACUGAGACCAUUGGAGGCAAUUAAUACAAAGAAUGAAUACAUCACUUAUUUUGGUGCACCUGUUAGACAAUUGGAAUGGGUUCCUUUGCCUCCAAAUGUUCAUGAACAAUAUCUUUUGUGUUCGUUGCGAAGCAAAAUGCAUGGAUAUACGCGCAAGAUGGAUGCAAAUGCAGAGGAUAAAGCCCUGAUGGUGCUACUGAAAUGUACUUUGGAUACGGAAACCAGAGCAACUGAUGUGUGGCCUCUGCAGAUGAAACUCCAUUAUGGCAUACGUGUGCAGAAGGGUCCAGUUUUUAGUUUUGCAUUUAUGCCUAGUGGCGGCUAUAUGGAAUCAUCAAAUCGUUUAGGUCUCUUAGCUAUUGCCACAGCAUCGAGUGAGAUUCAUAUCUAUGCCCUGCCCUUGCAAUUAACCACAGAAGAGACGAUACAGGCUGGCCAGGAUUCGAUAAUUGAACUAAAUUCCCUUAUGACCCUCAGUUUAGAUGUGAAAUCUUCUGUGCAGGAUCAGUGCACGAAAAUAUGUUGGUCUGAGGCACAUGGUCAUAACUUUUUAGUUUCCGGCUAUGCCAGUGGUAAUGUUGCCUUCUGGGACAUUGGCGAUGUGGAGGGCAUCAAUUGCUUUAAACGCCAUAAUCAUAAUAGUUUUGUGCCCUUGCAUUAUUUCUAUUUUGGUGAACGGAAUAUACAAUUUUUGGAACUACAUUACGAUACAAACGGAUCACGUUGGCUGGCAGUGGGUACAUCUCUACGCAAAUUAAGGAUAUAUGAUAUAUUGAAUAGUUCGCAACCAGUGCCACUUGUGGGUGAUGCAGAGCUUAAAAAUCUUUUCAAGGGCUGCAUCAGUUGGCCAGCAAUAUGGGAAUCCGUUGCUAUAGGCGAUACCAGUGUCUUUCAGAUAAAUUUCACUCGUGUGGUGGUAUUGAGUCCUUGUGGCAUAUUGUUUAACAAUAAAACCAUUGACUAUGUCCUGGAUUCUGCCCGGGAUAUGCAUUUCAAUUGCCAGGAAAACAUGUUAAUUGUUGUGACAGAGAAUGGAGAUUUGGCAUUUAUUAAUCCCCGCGAAUUGAAUAUGGAUCCGCGGGCACAUAAGUUAACACACAAUGUUCGAGCCGUUUCAUAUACGGAGCUGGCCAAACUUAAUGUUGACUCCUCAGUGGAGAAUAUUGUAGCAAUCUCUGGUGAUGAUUUUCAGCGUGAUUACGGUGUGAUUAUUAAGCCCUUGACUGCUAUACCCAAGGCAAAGAAGGAUGACUAUCUGAAUCAUAAACGUCGACCGAGUUCCUUUGAACUGAUGACCAUGACGCGUUUCAAUUCAGUGCGCUGCAAUUUGAAUAGUCCGGCCCGCAGUUGGGUGGCCGUUGGGGCUGAGCAUGGAAUGUUGCGUAUUGUGAAUUUUUGCCGGAACGAUUACUUCACUUAGUGUAUAUUGCAUUUCGAAUUGAUUUCGGAUUUUGUACUUAGUGUAGUUUGUUUUUGGAAAAUGCCUUUAUUAGUUUUAAGUUUUAUUGAUAGCCCCAAAGAGUGCUAAUAUUAGUGUACAAAAGUUAUUUAAA